CCAAGGUUUGACUUGCUUAAUUAUUUCGCGGGAAAAUGAUAAAAGAUAUAUUGAAAGUUGCGAAAUUGACAGAGAAUGCUAAAAUACCUACAAAAGGUACUCCUGAUUCUGCUGGCUAUGAUCUAUACAGUGCGUAUGAAUACAAUGUACCACCAAGAGGUAAAUGUAUAGUUAAGACAGAUAUUCAAAUAUCUUUACCUGAUAAUUGCUAUGGUAGAGUAGCCCCUAGAUCAGGUUUAGCAGCAAAGCAUGGAAUCGAUGUGGGUGCUGGUGUCAUAGAUAAAGAUUAUAGGGGAAAUAUUAGCGUUAUAUUAUUUAAUCAUAGUGAUCAACCUAUGAAUGUGGAGAAAGGAAGUAGGAUAGCUCAACUUAUAUGCGAAAAGAUUUCUUAUCCUACAAUCGAAGAAGUUGAGCGAUUGGAUAUUACAGAAAGAAAUGAUAAGGGCUUUGGAUCCACGGGUCUUAACUAAUUUUACAAGAUUCAUAUUUUUUAAAUCUAAUUCUUAUACUUUAAUUUUUAAAAAAAAAAUUGACAGACUAGACUUUUAUUAUAUAAAUAUAAAACUGUCACAUUAUUGGUGAUUUUUAAAAAAUUGUA